AAUGUUACAGGCAAGAUGUUGGCGGGGCCUCUAGUUUUACUGGUGCUCAUGGGAGCGGCUCAAGGACUGCCACUAGGGGAGCCCAAGGAGUCCUGGGGGUAUGUUGCUGUCAGGGACAAGGCCUACAUGUUCUGGUGGUUGUACCAGGCUGAGAGUCCUACCCAAAGCUACACUGAGCUGCCUCUAGUCAUGUGGCUGCAGGGGGGCCCUGGAGCUUCUGGAUGUGGAUAUGGUAACUUUGAAGAGAUUGGACCCUACGACACUUUCCUGAGAAGGAGGAACACAACUUGGAUCCAAGCAGUUAACUUACUGUUUGUGGACAACCCAGUGGGGACAGGAUUCAGCUAUACUACAGACAGUGGGGCAUUUGCUAAAGAUGUUGCCACAGUUGCUGCAGACAUGAUGGUUCUCCUAAAACAAUUCUUUGGGUCAAAGCCAGAAUUUCAGGAAACACCAUUCUACAUUUUCUCAGAGUCAUACGGGGGUAAAAUGGCAGCCGCCAUCGGCUUGGCUCUCUAUAAGGAAAUAAAGGCGGGCAGCAUAAAGUGCCAGCUUGGGGGCGUGGCUCUGGGUGAUUCCUGGAUCUCCCCUGUAGACUCGGUGCUAAGCUGGGGUCCCUAUCUCUACAGUAUUUCAUUGCUGGAUGAAGAAGGAUUACAAGAAGUCCAGGGUUCUGCUAAUGAGGUCCAAGAAGCCCUAAAGAGUGGGCAAUAUGUGAAGGCCACAGACCUCUGGAGUCAGACUGAGGACAUCAUAGAGCAGAACACAGAUGGAGUCAAUUUUUAUAAUAUUUUAACCAAAGACUCGACAUUUGCUGGAAAAACAGAGAACAGAAAACAGAGAAGCCUGGAAUUAGGGAAUGUGUUACUGGGCAAGUUGUACCAGCGCCACCUGCUGCCGCUCCAGAGGAAUGACCUGAGUGCGCUCAUGAAUGGGCCCAUUAGGAAGAAGCUGAAGAUUAUUCCUGACUUUGUGACUUGGGGAGGACAGGCUUCUGAUGUCUUUGCCAACAUGGCGGCUGAUUUUAUGAAGCCGGUGAUAGAUAUUGUGGAUGAGCUGCUAGAGGCCAAUGUCAACGUCACUGUGUACAACGGGCAGCUGGACCUCAUAGUGGACACUGUGGG